GAUACAGUGCAGUGACAAAUCAUUGAAAACCAACCGUAUGCUGGUCUGCUGGUAUCUGGCUGGCAGGGCUCAGACAGCAUGAACGCGUGAUUACGCCCAGUUGCGGAGGAGAACACAACAAGUGAGCUAGUAGGUACUGUGCACUCCAAUCAUCCGAUGGAGUUAUAUUUUGGUAGGACCAGAACGAUGCCGAUACCUCCGAAUUCCCAUGUUGGACCAGCUUUCAAAAUCCAUAGCAAACUAAGCGGCCAGGAACUCAGGCGUGUAACGUUCGAUGGAGAACCAGCGGACCAAAUGACUCAACUCAGUACUGACAAUCGCUCUGUACCGAACAGGGCUAUCCCUUGCUUCUGUUUGUUUUUGUUUCUGUUCUUGAUUUUUUUUCUUUUUUUUUUUUUUUUUUUCCUCUUGGCGCUUGAUCAUACUACCCAAGUAGCCCGACCCUACCUUGCCUGUCGCACGGAGUACAGUAUGCACAUCAUCCGCCACUAAUCUUGCCGGGCGCGGCCCAGCCUUGCAGGAUCUUUGUUCAAUCCGAGCCAG